AUGGCGAGACCCUCCUCGUUCCGUCCCCGAAGAGGCUGGAAUAGAGCCCGCGGGAAUUCGUUGUCUAUUGUCGAUACCAUCGAUAUGCCGGCUUGGACUUCACGAGCGACGGCUUUCAAACGUCGGCCGACCUUUGACGAAGGAAAACAACCUAAGUUCUUCCCGAAAGGGUCCCGGAAUGUUAUCAACAGUCAAGAUGGUAAAGAUCACGGAUAUCUCCCUGGGAAAAGUCACAUGAACCCAGAGGCUCCUCCUUUUAUCCCUAGUUACCAGGGACGACAGCAGCAGCAAAAACAACACGUCCAGGCUCCGUCUUAUCAAGUGAACCGAGUUCCCACAGAAGGAUCAAUUCCUUUUCCCACAAAACAUUCGCAUCCCCCUGUGUAUACGUUUCCUGCCGCUCCGUUUCCAUGCACCCAUCAACGUUUCAACCCUCAGCCCUACGCUUCUGGAUUUGAAAUUUCAUAUUCUUCUUGCAUGCCUUCUUUUUGGCCUUCAUUCUCAGCAGCUGUCAUUCCAAACCUUCCUUCUGGACCAUAUUACUCUGUGUCAAUGGCUGGUUCUGCAGGAAACAACUCUAACAACAAGCACUGGCCUUAUGCUCCGCCGACUCAGGCUCACCGUGGUCCAGAAAUAGGCCAUCAGCUGCCAAUUCAGCCGCCUAUUCAACACCACGCCAGCCAUCAAGGUAUGAACCCGUUCAACGCGAAUUUCACUCGUGGGAAUCAGGAUCAUGGAAUGCAACCUCCAAUCGGCCCCCCAUCUCGUAGUGGCCCGAUUUAUCAGAACCCUGGAUCUUAUCAUAACUCGUUCCAAAGCUCCGCAGCACCAAACCAGCAAGAUUAUAGAGGUCCCCUAAUUGUUCCCCCGUCCCUGAAACCAGCCCCCAUGUUUGGUGGAAAUAUUCACCCUGCAAUUUCUCAGAAAGAGUCUCACAGGAGAAUGGAGCCUAUUCGAGAGCAACCAACAUCACAAACUACACUGGCACCUGCUACACCACCGUUGGCAAGAACCACCUUUACUAGCAACAAUAAAGAUGCUUUGGCUCAAGUGAAAGAUAUCUCAGUUGCAAACAACAUUAUCACAAUUCAAGGAAAGCCAUUUGAAAUUCCUAUUGAUGAUGGAGCAAGAUACAGUUCUCCUCCCACUGGAGGUGUUCUAAAACUCAUGAAUAUUCCCUAUGGUAUCUCUAAACAAGAGGUUGUCCACUUUAUGGGCCGCAGAGCAAAGUUGCUUCCCUUACAUCUUGGAACUGCAGUUCACAUCAUCAUGGACCGAUCCACUGCGAAGACAAUGGAUUGCUAUGUUGAGUUUCUCACAACAGCAAAUGCGAAAGAGACCCUUGAAUGGUUGAACAGAGGCCUACCUGGAGCUCCCCCUCGUCUUGGUGAUCGCCACAUCGAUGUCGAGUUAAGUUCUCAGGACGAGCUUCUUAAAGAAUUAUUCCCCCGCGCGAAAUGCAUUGUCUGGAGAGAUGGGAAACCAAUUCUGACUCGCAACAAUGACCCUUAUUCUGUUGGCUUCCAAAGCUUUCUCACUGCAGAAGAGGUUUUUUGUAUGAUCCGCAAUGCGGAGAUGCCCAGAAGAGCUCCAUUCGCUACUAAAUGCCCUCAGCGUACCUACGAAGCUCUGAUUAGCACACUUUACAAAUUUCCAUGGCAUGCAACUACCCUUUACAGCGUCGAAGAUCGCAAUGCGCUUCAUUUUGCGUGUUUUUCCCAGCUGCAGACUCUAGCUGCACGUGCUUCUGAAAAACGGACACUUGGUUUAGAUAGCCGUCUCCUUCUGGAUCUAUUAAACGCUGGACUCCGUUGCCCAACGUUCACUGAGUGUCAAAAAGCAGCUCUCUACUCUGCUGCCAAUGAUCAGACCUCAUAUAAGGCUACCCCAGAGACAACAAAAUUUUGGCCCUUCGACACAUUGGUUCAGAAGUCUAACGCUACUGAAGACAAUGUGAACAAAUUUGCUAGCCUGAUAGCCAAAGGUAUAGAACGCAAGAAUCCAGGACCAGAGAUUCUUGCAAACAAUUGGAUUCCCCGCCCUGGAAUAAUGUCUCCUUUUGGCCCUGCUCGGCUUGAGUUUGUGGCUAGCCAUACUCAUCUUAAGUGGAACAUGGCCGUCCAGUACGAAACUAAGGUCCUGCAGGGGAUGGUCGCAGAGGGCCUUAAGGCCAUCCGUGAGGCGCCAUCACGGAGAAACGCAAGGGCGCCCCUGGCUCCUUAG